AUGAAAGAGGUAAAACUGAAGAUAAAACUAGAAGAAAUACGAAAAGCAUGCGAGCUUACCAUAAAAACAGCAACUAUCGAAAGUGCUAGUGCAAAAGACAGUUUGGAUAUACUAAGGAAUAUACUUGACAAGAAUAUAGAAAUAGAAGGCCCGUUUAGUGAAAAAGAGAGGGAAGGCAUUGAAGACAUAAUUAAAAAUAAUAUGUGCCAAUAUUUUACAUACAAUACAUAUGGAAUAAGGGCUAUGGAUAAUUUAAAUGAUGCGUUAAAGUCCAAAGACGAAGCAGCAAUUAGAUAUUGGUAUAUCUCUUUGUUUAAUGAAAUUGUAAACCCAAACUCGCUUAUAUACAGCCCAGAGCAUGGGAUAUAUAGACAGGUGGACAAGAAUAAGGCGCUAGAAGACAUAAAAAUACCCAAUAGCAGAGACAGCCUAGGCACUCGGAAAUACACUCUGCUGAUCGAUAAUGCAAAGUUUCUGAGCUUUGAAAGUACGCUUCAAGCUAUUUCAAAAAGCCUGGAAAGAGAGUCCCACCUAUACACUGCUAGGUCAAUAUCCUCAAUGAACAUAGAAAAAUUAAAAAAAUAUUCAUUGAAAAAAGCAUGUCACUCCCUGAAUAAGCUAUACAACACUACAUAUAAAGAUACUGGUGUACUGUUGGUAGACUACGGACUGAACCUUAUCCACGAAAAGUACCACGAAAUUAAAGAGCUGGCUAAGGAAACUAAAGACUUGAAAUAUAAUGAUAAAAAUAGAUCACUGAUAGCCACAAAGCUCAGCAAAGUAUUUACUGAAGAAGAAGACGUAAAAGUAGUCCUUUCCGUCAUCAGAAAUAUAGAGAAAAUCAAACAUGAGAAAAUGGCGCAAAAGGGCAUGAUCGAUACAAUAGAGUACAUGGCGAACAACCCUAGCCUCUUGAAACAAAAGGCCAACUCGCAAAAGCUGAAGAUACAAGUAGAUUUGAGCAGCUUUGUGGAAGAGUAUGUAUCUACUGAGAGAGGCUUAAAAGAAAUAGUGAAUGGAAAAAAAAAUAGAAUAAGUAAAAGGCUAAGGGAAGAGAAAGAUAUGCUAGAAGUAAGGAAAAAAGAUCAUAGGCAAGCAAUACAAAAGAGAAAAAGCAAAAAAGAGAUAGAAAAUGAAAUAUAUGCACUAGAAUGUGCAUUUAGCAAAGAGUAUAUACAAUUUCUUAAUAUUACUGACAAUCUACAGCAUCUAUCCGAUACAAGUCCAGUGCAGAAAAAGCACAUAAUCAAAAAGAUAGAAGAGUUUGGAGAGAUGCGAGGCAUGGAACUAGAAAUAGUAAAAGUAGAAGUACCUGAGGAAGCAGAAGUAGACGAAGUAUCAGAUGAUGAAAUAGAGGUAGAUGAACUAUCAGAUAAUGAUAUGGAGGUAGAUGAACUAGGGAGAAAAAAAGUCUUUGCACCAGCUGUAAAAGAAGCCAAGCUGAAGAUAGAUGUGAGAGAGAUGCUACAGCCAUGUAUAUUUACCAAUACGCCAGGCUCAAAGGUAGUUCUUGAGCACAGCGCCCCAAAAGAGUAUUUUUCUAUACUAGAGAACAUGCUUAAUGAAAACAUAGAAAUAGAAAGUGAGCAGUAUAGUAAAAAAGAAAAAGAAAAGAUUUUAAAGAUACUUAAAACAAACAUCAAAAAGUACUUUGCAUACGAUGAAAAUGGAUUGCGUUUUAUGCGCGCUCUGUAUUCUGUAUUAAGGCAUAGAAACGUAAGAGUGAUUAUAGACUGUUUUAUCCGUCUAGUCAAUGAAAUCAUAAAGCCAAACACGCUCAUAUACAGCCCAGAGCAAGGAAUAACCCGAGAAAAUGAAGUGUCAUAUAGCAUAGGCCAAAACGAUGCAGCUACUAAUCUGAGCACCAGAACAUACACUUUGAAGAUCGAUGGCACAAAGUUUGAGAGCCUGGAUAGCUUGCUUGAGUCUGCGACAGAGAGUCUAGAUAGAGAGGCAUUCGCCUGCACUGUCAACACGAUAAACCAGGUGGGCAUGAACAUGAAUGUUCUAAAAAAAUACUCCGCAGACAAAGAAUACUACACGCUAGACGAGCUGUACACCAGCACAUACGAAGACACUGAUGUGCUGCUGGUAGACCACGGUCUAAAACUCAUUAGCGAAAAACAGUCUGAGAUCAGAGAGCUAGUCGAGCUGAUUGAAAACAAGCCCGUUUUCAGUAGCCGCGAUUCGGAGAUAGUCGGAAGAAUUAACAGCAUAUUCAGCCGCGAAGAGCUGAAAAUAGCCAUCUCUAUUGAGAACAAUCUACAACAAAUCAAAGCCGAAAAGAUAGCGCAAAAAGGCCUCAUCAGCGCACUGAAGUGCAUAGCAAAUAAUACUGCACUUUCAAAAGAUAAAAAAAAAUUAAGCACUCUGGAGAUAAAAACAGACUUGAGCAAUUUCUACGAAGAUUAUCUAAACAAUGCAGAAUUGCAGAGCAUAACAUGCAGGAAAGAACAGGUGGCUUCUGAAGAAAUAGAUAAACAUGAAAUAAUUCUAGGCUAUAAGAAAAUAAAUUAUGAACAAGAAACAGAAGAAGGAAAGAAGAAAGAUGCCGCUUACUCUAUCAAUGCUCUGGAAAGCAAAGUGUAUUUACUAGAAUAUGAUAGGCAUAAAGAAAUUGCUCUAUUCUACGACAUUAGAGACUCUAAACAGGCUUUGUCUAGCACAAGCCCAGUUCAGAAGCAGUACAUGCUUAAAAAGAUAGAAGAAGCUGCAAAAGCACAGAAUAUAAAAAUAGAAAAGAUAGAAGUGCCUGAAGAGAAGAAAGUGCCUGAAACAAGAAGAAGACUUACAAGAAAACUAGCUCAGACAAACAUAGUAAAAAACUCUGCGCCAAAUGUAAAAGAAGCCAAGCUGAAGAUAAAUGUGGAAGGAAUACUAGACGCCUGCCAAUCUAGCAAAACCAUGAAAGACAUGUAUAAGGCUAGAGAAUUUGGCUCUGACCUGGCCAAUUUGACUGUGCUAAAGAACAUACUUGACAGGAAUAUGGAAAUAGAAAGCGAGAAUUAUAGUGAAGAAGAGAGAGAAAUUCUUUUAAACACCAUUAAGAAUAAUAUAUACAAAUACUUUAUGUAUACCGACCAUAGAAAAGAGACUAUAUGCGAUUUACAAAGAGCAUUGAAUUCCGAAAACAGGAAAAUAAUUAAGUCUGCGGUUAUCCCUCUAAUCAAACGCCUUGGAGCGCCAAACAUACUUAUAUACAACCCAGAGCACGGAAUACGUAUGCAGAUAGACAUGGAUGAAACACCAGAAAGCAUAGGCUUAAUUGAUCCUGAUAUAAGCACCAGAACAUACACUCUGGAGAUCGACAACACAAAGUUUGCGAGCCUGGAGAGCUUAAAUUGGUCUUCCUCUGAGAGCCUGUGCAGAGAGUUUUUCUGCCUUACAAAAAAUCUGUACAACUUGGGAAGUGUAAACGCUUUAAAGAAAUACACAUCCGAAAAAGAAUACUACACGCUGGACGAGCUGUACACCAAGACAUACGAAGGCACUGAUGUGUCAUUGAUAGACUACGGACUGAAUCUUAUUCUGGAAAAGUACUACGAAACCGCUGUCCUAAUUAAGAAGGCUAAAGAAAUAGAAGCCAAUUUCAAUAUUAACACAUAUAAUGAAAUUAAAGCAGAAAUUAAGGAGCUAUUUGUCCAGGAAGACUUAAAGAUAGCUAUCUCCACUAUCAAUAGCUUCGAAGAGAUUCUAGAAGAGAGGGAGAUAUGCGAGAAUAUGGUUAAAGUUGUGGAAUACAUGACGAAUAACGGAAAAGUCUUGGAACAAAGGCAUAACCCGAGAAAGAUGCUGGAGAUAAACGCGGAUUUAGAUAAUUUCUAUGAAGACUGCAUAGUUAUAACAUAUUUGAAAGAGCUAGUAGAUCAAGGGAUAGAUGAUUUAGGUAAAAAGAGGCGUGCACUCUCUGAAUCUUCCGGAAUAAAAAAUGCAGAGCUUAGCAGAAAGGAAGCAGAGCUAAAAGAAUGGAAAGACACAGCUGAUCCAAACUCACAGGACUACGAACGAAUAGAAAAAGAAAAAAUGGAAGAGAUAGAGGCUCUGCAGUGCGAUAUUAACGACCUAGAUAAUAAUCUUGAGCUGAUAAAUUGGGAAUUAAAAAGAGAAAAAUUACGAAAAGAGAACAUUAAUAGCACCCAAGCCAGUUUUAAAUGCUUACCCAAAUUACGUUCAGUCCAGAAAGAAUACCUGCUCAGAAAGAUGAAAAAGCUUGGAAAAACGCAUGGCAUGAAUGUGGUAGUGGACGGAGUAGAAGAAAAAUUGAAAGAGUUAAAAAUAUCUGACCAUGCAGAAUUAAAUGAUGCACCAGAAGAGCACCAGAUAGUAGAAAUGGAGGUAGACGAGGCGCCCGAAGAGAGAAAAAGCAUUAUUUCAAAAGAAAACCGGUCAAAGCUCCUUAGCAUAGCUCUGUUAUUCUUUGCUCUUAUGACAGGCAAAGAGAUUUUGUCUAACUUUUCAGAGUAUACAACAAAGAAUACUAGUGCUGAUAGUGGUGGGCAGCCACCGAUUAAGAAAUUUAGAGACUCUGAGCCAGGCAAUACUAGCUAG